AUGCGCCAUGUCGCGCGUAACCGGCCAUUUGUUGUCCGGAACGGAGCUAGAGACUUCAAAGCAAGAAAGACAUGGAAUUCAGCAUACCUGAAAGAUGUCAUGCGUGGUCAAAAUGUCAACGUAGCAAUCACACCUCACGGGAACGCCGACUCAGUCGUCUCGCUACCAUUAGGUGGCUCAGUGUUCGUCAAGCCAUAUGAGACCGAGGGACCCUUCCAAGAAGUUCUAGAGAAGAUUCAACGGCAAGAGCGGGAGGAAGACUAUAAAGGCCCAACACACUAUGCGCAAACCCAGAACGACAAUCUCCGCAAUGAGUACUCCACGCUUUUCGCCGAUGUGCCCAAAAGCAUACCUUUUGCGCGAAUAGCACUAGAGCAGGAACCUGACGCAAUCAACUUCUGGCUCGGAAAUUCCUACUCGACGACUGCCCUACACAAGGAUAACUACGAGAAUAUCUACGUUCAGAUCCUGGGUCAAAAGCAUUUUGUUCUCUUACCACCCGUGGAAGCGGCUUGUGUCAAUGAGAAGAGUGUCCUGGCUUCUACGUAUACUCUGAAGCGCAACGGAGAUUCGCCUUCUGACACGUUCGAAAAAAAAGAUAUGGUGAUCAAGGUAGAUGAGCCGGAGGAAUACGUACCUUUCGCAACAUGGGAUCCUGACCAGCGCACCAUCAACACUACGCCCUACUCUCAAUACUCGCAACCACUCAGAGUAACACUAGAAGAAGGCGAUAUGCUAUACUUGCCGGCACUAUGGUACCACAAGGUAAGCCAGAGCUGCAACGAAGAAGGAAUCUGCUGCGCGGUAAACUAUUGGUAUGACCUCGAAUUCAGCGGCGGAUUCUGGAGUACCGCAAAUUUUGUAAGGAGCACCGGAUUACUGAGCAUGCAAGGUAAUGCGGAUGAUGGAAUUAGAGGCGGAGACGACUGA